AUGGCCGGAGACGGGCGUUCUCCCACCACCGGCCGCCGCGUCGUGAUGUUCCCCUUCCCGUUCGCGAGCCACACCACCCCGAUGCUCCAGCUCGCGGGGCUCCUCCGCGCGCGUGGCCUCGGCGUCACCAUGCUCCACGCCGACUUCAACGCGCCCGACCCCGCGCGCCACCCGGAGCUCGCCUUCGUCUCCAUCCGCGAGUCAAUCCCCGACGAGGUUGCCACCAGCGCCGACUUGGUCCAGCAGAUGAUCGGCCUCAACGACGCCUGCGAGGCCCCGUUCCAUGCCGCCCUCGCGGCGGAGCUGGCGCGCGGCGGCGGCGGCCAGUCGGGGCAGCGCGAGGUCGCCUGCGUCGUGGUCGACGGGCAGUGGUACAAGAUGCCGGGUGCCGCCGGGCGCGUCGGCGUCCCCGCCCUCGCGCUCCGCACCGACGGCGCCGCCGCGUUCCUCACCUUGCUAUCCACCCCGCGCCUCCGCGCCGACGGCUACUUCCCCAUCAAUGGAGAUCGGCUGGACGAGGUGGUGCUGGGGCUCGAGCCGCUGCGCGUGCGAGACCUGAUCCGCGUCGACGGCAGCGACGACGAGACGAUGCUCCACUUCAUCGCCUGCGUCACCGACGCCAUGCGCGCCUCCUCGUCCGGCGUCGUGCUCAACACCUUCGACGCCAUCGAGGCGCCGGAGCUGGCCAAGAUCCGGCAAGAGCUGUCCCGCCCGGCCUUCGCCGUCGGUCCUCUUCACCUGCUCGCCCCGGCGGCGCAGCAGGAGGAGCAGCACGCGCCGGACCGCGGCUGCCUGGCGUGGCUGGACGAGCGGUCGCCGCGCUCCGUUCUCUACGUCAGCCUGGGGAGCGUGGCCACCAUCGACCUCACCGCGUUCGAGGAGAUGGCGUGGGGGCUCGCCGGCAGCGGCGUGCCGUUCCUGUGGGUGAUCCGCCCGGGCUCCGUCCGCGGCGCUGGCGACGACGACGCGCCGCCGCCGUUCCCGGAGGAGCUCAUCGAGACGGUGCGGCGGAGGGGCAAGAUCGUGGCGUGGUCGCCGCAGAGGGAGGUCCUGGCGCACCCGGCCGUCGGCGGGUUCUGGACGCACUGCGGGUGGAACUCGACGCUGGAGGCAGUGUGCGAGGGGGUGCCCAUGCUCGUGCACCCGUGCUUCGGCGACCAGACGGUGAGCGCGAGGUACGUGACGCACCGGUGGGGCACGGGGCUGGACGUCGGGAGGGUGUUCGAGAGGACGGCCAUGGCGAGGACGAUCAGGAGGCUGAUGGCGCGGGAGCUGGGGCCGCAGGCGCCGAGGGAGAGGGCUCGCCUCCUGAUGCGGCAAGCGAGGCACUGUGUGGAGGAAGGAGGGCCGGCUAGUUCGGCACUCGAUGAUCUUGUGGAGUACAUGUGGGGUCUUUGA